UCGUCAGCAAAGGAAGCUAGCACUUCUGCGCUGUUUUAGCAGCCCCUUUAGAUCUCACCUGUUCUUUUAAGCAGCAUAGACACUAAUAUUAAUUGUUUAUGAGAACCAGCGGUUUGCUAUAACUGGUCAGAAACGGAAAAGUAAAUCUAACUGAUUGCCAGAUUCCCAGCGGCGGUAAGUCGGCUCCCAAACAGCUGGAUUCAGACACUGUCACCGACACCUGGACUGUACAUCACUGGAUUUUUAUUAUUGAAAAUGCCACCAAAGAGCCGGUCGUCGAGGGAAAUGCAUGACCUUAGGUGCACCGUUGAGGGAGAUCCUCCCUGUUGCUGCCUCUUCGUUCUGCUGAAAACGUUCCCAUGCAUGUGGGCCWCCCAGCGGAUGUUAAUAUAUCACCAGUGAGUCUGCAGCCUGACCUUUGACCCCCAGCGGCUUUGUGAGCGGGACAGGCCAGGCAGCUGGGUCAAAGUGAAGAUGGAUUCCCUGCAGGAAAAACAUCUGAAAGCUUCCAGGUUUUUGCAGAAUGUCAAGGAAACAACAAACAUUGUGACUGAGACGGCGCAAACGGCCGGGAGCUGUCUCGCACAGGGCCAAGAGGCUGUCAGAAGCUGGCCACCAUACUUGACAAGAGGACCGGUUCUGGACACCAGGUCCCGGUACGAAGGGGACGGGGUCCGCUACAAGGCCAAGCUGAUCGGUUUGGACCUGGUGCCGGACCCACAGGGAGAGAAGAUGCUGCUGGACUCCAUGAUGAAACUGAAGGGAUUUGAAGUUUCAGCGAGGAAACAGGGUCAACACAAAAUGAGGAUCUGGCUGAAAAUUUCCUCCAGUGGCUUAAAGAUUCUGGAUGAGCGGACCGGGAUUGUCCUUCAUGACCACGACAGAUCCAGGAUCAGCUCGGUGACCAAAGACAAGUCGGACCCCCGAGCGCUGGCGUACAUCUACAGACACGAAGACGCGUACAUCCUGUUCUACAUCAAGGCGGGACACCAGGCGGAUCCAAUCAUUCUGGACAUCAUGGAGGUUUGUCGGCGUGUGGAGCAGCAGGAGGCGUCUCAUCAACAGCAGCCUACGGCAAGCCACCAGCCUACGGCAAGCCACCAGCCUACGGCAAGCCACCAGCCUACGGCAAGCCACCAGCCUACGGCAAGUCAAGAUAUUUCUUUAGUGACUCUGACUGACAGUCUGGCUUCUCCACAGACGGGAGCAGCUCUGGAGAAUGUGUUUAGUUCUCCACCUCAAUCAUCACCAGGACAGAUGGAGCAGCAGGCGUCUCCCAGUAAUGAACUGUUGGAGAUAUUUUCUCCGCCACCGACGGAUCCUCUGACUCCCAACAACAUCCCACCUGUCAGCCAGCCAGUCGACAUCUUACGGUCGGUGGAGACUUUGGAUCAAAAACCACUGAAGCCGACCCAAACAGAACCGCAGGACGGAUGGGAUGUCGUCCUUUAACGUGAGGCGAUUAGUCGCCCAAGAGAAUAAACGCACCGACGGUUUUAUUUAACCAAGACCUGACAGAGCAUAAAACAAAGUCCAGGGAGAUGAUUUAAAGAAACCCAGGAGUUUACAAACCAGUCAAGAACAAAAAUGUUUUUAGAAAACAUGAAGACAUUUCUGAGGAUUCAAAUCACUCAGAUUUGAUCUGUUUGACAUUUUCUGUAAGAUUAAUAAACACAAACUCUCUGUUAAUGCCAAAAAAACCUUUAAACUGA